AUGCUCGAAGUAAAGCGACAGUUUAUACAAUUUGAAAUUAUUAAAUUGAAGAGAGUUUUCUCAUUUCUAACAAAUGAACAAAUACGAAGAAGGGCCUCUGCCAACUGGGAAUCCAUGGUGAUGGCGUUGCACUCUUCAAAGUUAAGUGACAAUAAUAAUAAGUCCCUGAGAAACAUCAAAGUGAUGCAAGAUUCAGGAAAGAAAUAUGUAGAUUCUAAUGCUAGAAAUAAUUUAAUGAUCAAAGCAUAUUCUGCUUUGAAAUCAAGAGAAAUAUUUUCUCAUACUCCAAAACACAAACCUGGAAAUAAAUUUUUCAAAACUAGAAACAACAAUAACAUGAAGUCUAGUUAUAUUAAAAGUUCAAAUAAUUUAAAUGAAAGUAAACUCAAAAUUUAUGAUUUAAAAGAAGAUGAAGACAAUCCUGUUUGCUCUAGAUUUCGUGAUUACUUUAGAAUAUCAAGAUAUAACAGUAAUUACGAAAAUAUAUCCAGAGUUGCUAGAAAAUAUUCAACACCUUUGAAAGCUAGUGCUAAAAAUAAUUCUUCAAAAAGAAAGUUAGAUCUAACAACAAUCAGACCAUCAAAAUCGAUUUAUGAAAAAUCCAGUCUCAAUACAUCUGAUCCCAAAUCAACCUUGAAUAACAAAUUUUUUAAAUUAAGAACACCUAAACUUCUUAUUUAUGACGGCUUUAAGAAUGAUGUUCUAAGUUAUUUACCAAAGGAAAACUGUUCAAUUUACAAAAAUGAAGAUAAUCCAACCAGGUCAAAACUUAGAGACAGACAAGACAUGAACAGUUCUAGCAUUGAUGCUGUGGUACCAAGUUGCACCCCUACCAAAACUAAAUCAUCUAACAGCAAUAACAUUAAUGAUGUUUUUAUGAGUGAAACUUAUUUUUCUUAUGAUCUAGUUAAAGGUGAUGAUGUCUGUUUGAAUAAUCCUAAAAAUGUUGAAACUGUACCUGAAAUUGAAUUUGAUGUUACUGCAGAUAAUGGCAAGUUUGAUGAUAUCAUUGAUGAUAACAAUGAUGAUGUUGCUAAAGAUUUUUGUAAUAUUGUUACUACAAGUGAUACUGCUACAUUUAAUGAUAAAAUAUUUGAUGAUGUGAUCAAAAGUCGUAAGAAAUCAUAUUUGAGAAGAAAUGUAUUCAUGGAUGAUGAAGAUAAUAAUUUGUUAGAACCAUCUACAUCUGCAAAUAUGUGCAAUGAAAAAACCUUUUGUAAAAAUUGUGUCACUAGUGCCAAAUUGUUCAAGAUAGAUAAAAAUAUUUUUGACAAAGAGCAGAAAGUGGAUGGCAAAACUACACCUAGUGACGAAGUAACUGCCAAUCCAACUCCAACUAGCGAAAAUUCCGGUCCAAAAAAUAAUUUCUCAAAUGAUUUCAAUCUGAAAGAAAUUUGUAAAUCUAAGGAGUUGGAAACAAAUUCAAAUGAAAAUAACGACACAUCAAAGAGCAUGAACAAUGAGAAUAAUAUUAAUUGUAAUAUUGAUAGAUAUAUUGAUAAUAAUAAUAAUUUCAAAUUGAAAAAUAAAAAAGCAAAAAGAGCCCUGUUCAACUUCCAGACGAGACUUCUUGGUGAUGCAAAUGCGGCAGAGGAUGCUCUUGUUACUGAAACUAAUGAACAAACUAAGAAUAACGAUAAUAAUAAUAAUUUUAAUAAUAUUAUUUGUGGGGAUAAUAAUAAUGAUGAUGAUAAUUCGGUCGAUAAGAAACCUACAAAUAAUAGUCAAUCUGAUAUAAAUAAGGAUAAAUUAGUAAGUGAAUUAACUAAUGAUGAUCAAGGUGAAGAAAAUUACGAAGUUUCAUGUGAAAGUUUAAAAAAUAUUAUAGAAAAUGAGUGCAUAGCUUCAACUCUUAGCAGGAACAUUCUAAACUCAAGACUUGGCUCUAAAACACUUAAUUAUUUACCUCUUGAUAAUUUAGUAACACUGUCUGAAAAUAAAAACUCAUUAACACAGAAUGACAAAAAUGAAAGUGCUGGCGAGAUUAACAUAAAUCUAAAAAGCAAUGAAGAGUUGAAGAAAAACAUUUGUGACGACGAUUCAAACCAAGCAGCGGUAGUUUUGCUGGAAGAUAUAACAAAAAGUUAUCAAAAAACUUUGCAUACGAUCAAUGAAAAAUCUGUAACAAAAUCACCAAAUGUCGUUAAUGAAUGUAUUGAAUCAGUUUUUAAUGAUGCUGGUAAAGUUACUGAUGAAACUGAUGACGACAAGAACAAAACAAUGUAUGAUGACGUCCGUGAUAAACAUGAUGUUGUAUUUAAUGAUUCUAUAAUCAAAUCAGAUUCGAAAAUUGGUAGCAACGCCAGUACUUUGGAAUGUAAAAAGAAUAAAAACAAGAAAGGGAAACGUAGAAAAACAUCAGUUAAAAGGAAAGCAAUGAAGAAAAUUGUCGUUGCAAAUAAAGAAACCAAAAUUAACUUGGAAAAUGAUGACGAUGGGGCAAGAAAAACUUCAAAACCUGAUGAAAUCUCUACUGAUGUGAAACAUGAUGGCCAAGAACAUGACAAACUCGAACUUAGUGAUAAAGUUAAUUACUUCAUAAGCCAAACCAAUGAAACCACUGUCAAUUAUUACAAAGUUGAGGAUAUUGUAUUAAAGGACCCGGAUAUGAUCAGCGGUUCUGGCGAUGAUAUAGUAUCAUUAGACUUUGAUAUGACCGUUGAUGAUAAUUUGAUCGAAAAUAGCAAUGACAAAUCAGUCAAUAUUGAGACAAUUUCAAACUCAGUUGUUGAUCAUAACAAAAAAACCAACGAAUGCAGUGAUAAUAAUGCUAUAGUAUCAACAGGUUUGGAGAAUGUUGGUGAUGAAGACUUGGUUGAUACUUGCAGCAACAGAAAUGAUUUAUUGGAAAAUAACAAAACUUCAACAAACUCACCUGAAGCGCCAACUUCAUUACCAAUUGAACAUGGAAGCGAAUAUAACGAUUCUAGAUUUGAGAUGCCGUUCAUUUCAAAUGGCAAUAAAAAUAAAAAGCAGAAGAAGUCAAAGAAACCAUCCGGAAAGACCAACAUUAAAAGGGCUGUUUAUUCACUUGUUGAUGAUGAAAAUCAUGACAAUAACGACGAUCAUCCUAAAUUGAAAUCACCACCACCGUCUUCAGCUAGUAAGACUGAUGAAGAAUUAGUGAAGAAAAGCAAGAAAAAUAAAAAACGAAAAAAUAUAACAAGUAAAACAAAUGAAAAAUUAAAGAGAAUGGAGAACAUAAAAGCAGAUUUAGAACUAUCUGGUAAUAAUAAUAAUAAAAGCGAUGAUAACCUUAACCCUCAUGAUGAUAAUGCCAAUGAUAAUAAUGAUAACCAUACAUUUACUAAUACUCAUGUUGUGUCGGCUGUUAAUGAUGAUAUAGAAAUAAUGAUGACUGAUGAACUGAAUGAUGUCGUUUGUAGCAAUGUUAGCACGAAUGUUAAAAAUGAUAGGGACGAUAAAAGCUGCCGUGAUAUUAAAAUGGAGGUUGAUCGGGGUUGUAAUAACACAGACGAUAUUAACGAUCAUCAUAAACAGCUGAAUGAUAACGCUGAUAAAGACGAUGAUAAUGAAAUAGAAUGUAUUAACAACAAGAGCAGCAACUACAAAAACAACACUGAUGACGAAGAUGUAGAAACUGUUUGUGACAACAAAGUCCUCAGUAGCAACACUGAAAAUAACAGCAUAAAACCUCAAACCAUCAACAACCCUAACCUCAAAUCAUCAUUCAGAUUGUGCAUGGUGACAAAAACAGCGAAGGACAUCACUAAAGAUGAUCUGAAGAAACACUGCCUGAUGCUAUUGACUGCAGAUGAGGCAUGUGAUGGGGGCGAAGUAAACGUUUCGGAUGCUGAAACAACUGAUAAUGUCAUAAUUAAAAAUUUUACUUCUCCUACUACUAAUGCUACCACUUCUGCUACUAAUAGUAUUGUUAAUGCUUCAACCACAACCACUGCUAUUGAUGAGACUGCAGUUACUAACGUAACUUCUUCUACUUCUCUUGUUGCAACUGUGACUACUAUUGCUAACGAUAAUAAUCUUACAACUGAUAACUUUGAUACAAUUACUACUACUGCUGUUACUAAUGAUAUUGCUUUUUCAAUUAAUACUGAUACUACUAAUACUACAACCAAUGCUGGCGAAAGUAAUGCUAGUAAAAAUGAUGACAAUGAAGUAUUUAGUUCUAAGGCUCUUGCGGUUGCUACUACUGCUGCUGCUGCCACUACUACUACUGCUGCCACUACUACUACUACUGCUACUACUACUGCAUCUGUGAUUGAUACUAAUACUAACGAUGAAAUUUAUAAAGCAGAAGAAAUAAUUGAAAAGAAUGACAAUUCUAAAAAUGUAUCUGGAGUGAAUAAAGGUGAUGUUGAUAGAUGUGACGAUGAAGAUGAUAAUAGCAAGAGAUUAAAUCUGGAUGAAGAUGACGAAGUGAUGGACGAAACUCUCCAGAAGCAAGUUAAGCAUAUCAGGUGUUCAGUAUUUCAUCUUACUGGCUUGAGAAAGACAGUUGAUGUUUCCGAUAACAUCAACGAUCACAUCAACAUCAUUCCAAAUAGCAUUAACGAUAAUUACGUACAAACUAGCAACAAUAAUAACAACAAUUUACCUAAGAUUAACAACAUAAAUGACAUUAAUAACAAUAAUGACGUAAUAGUAAAAGUUAUUGACGAUAGUAACUACAACAACAUCAGUAAUGACGUCAAUAACAAUAACAAUAGUAAUAAUAAUAACAAUAGUAAUAAUAAUAACAAUAGUAAUAAUAAUAUCAAUGCUUCUACGAAAGAACCAGAAGGCACUAAAGAGCAAGAUAUUAAUAUUAUCAACAGUAAUAAUGUUAAAAAGAAAAAAUAUAAUAAAUUACCUGGACAGAAACAACUAGGCCAUCAGCAACGAGAAAUUAUAAAAACAAAAUCCUCGUCAUUCCAUUACUUCGUCAGCAAAUACAUACCCCUAUCCCAGAGGUCUGACAGCGAUGAUAACAACGAAUUGGUCAGUAGAUACAAUAAUAAUAAUAAUUAUCAAAAUGUUACGAUACAGGAUAAUGGUACGAGCGAUAAUUCUAUUACUAGCAUGAAAAAGAACAACCCCAAAAGGUCACCUAAUUCACUUAGGCCGACAUGUAACCCAAACGGCAUUACAUCAACUGACAACCAGCAGAGUGCCAAUAACUCAACUGAUAAAAAUGCGCCAGAUAUAAAUAGAAACGACGUCUCAGAAUCGGGAAUUCCAUGUAAGAAAAGAAAAGUUUCAUUUUCAGGUUUGACCAUUGUCGACAUUCAUUCACAAGCUUCUAGCAACGAUAGCCUGAUAAGCCUUGGCAGGACGAGAUCACGCGAUCAGAUAUUACCAUGUGAAGUUAAUGAUGAUGGUGAGGACGACGACGACAUCUCCAUUUAUAGCAAUGAUAAGGAUGAGAAUUACGAAGACAAGUGUGGCUGUGAUGACGUUAAUGUGAUUAAAGACAAGAACGGAGAGUGUGCUAAUAAUGAGAAAUCAGUAGUUGUAAACAAAUCGUCCAAAUGCAAGCCAACCAACAUUAUUAGAGGAAUCCUCAAGAAGAUAUCGAAAUGUUCUCAAACCAUUGCCAGGCAAGAUCACAAUGACGUCAUUUCAACUGCCAACAAUCAUUUAUUUAACGGUGAAAAUUGUAAUAAAAAUGACGAUAACGCUGCUAACGACCGUGAUGAAAAGAUUCAAGAUCAUGAUGAUGACCAUGCAGAUAAAUAUAAUUGUAAUAAGAAACAAGACGAUGACGACGACGAUUCAAUAAUGACAUAUGAUGAGUCAUCAACCCUCAGUGAAAACCCAUACACCUCUGGCAAAAGGCCCCAUGGCAAUAACAACGCCGAUGGUGAAUUCAACCAAACUGAAUCUUCAUUCCUAUCAUCAGCAUCGUCAUCACCAUCAACAACAUCAACCGUACCUUGCUCUAUCAUCAGGAAAGUUUCAGCAUGUAGUAUCGAAGUUACGAGCUAUACCCGUACUUUGCAGCUGUCCGAGAUGAACAAGAUGAGAGAGCAGAUGAUGGAAGAUUAUAUCAAGCAGUUCACUGGAAAUCAUCCACAGACAGAUGAAGAUAAUGACGACGACGAUAUUAUUAUUGAUGAUGAUUAUGUUAGUGGGAAAUCAAUAUCUGAGAGUAACGAAAAUAUUGAAAAAACUGUGCACGAACAAGCUAACAUUCACACAAACAUGGCAAAUGAUGACGGCCAUGAUGGUGUACAACAUCAACAACAGCCAACAUUAUCAGUUUCACCAUCAUCAUUUAACACAGAAGCCACAACAUACAGCACAUCAAUGCUCCAAAGUGAUAAGUUCAGUAGAUUCAAAGUGUCUAAUCGUAAUGAUGAAAUCUUGCCGGUGAGAAGAAAAUUUGAACUUGAUCCGAAUGCUGAUGACAUUAACGGCAACGUUACGACUGAAAAUAAUGUAUACAUCAAGAACAUCAACAUCACUAAUGAUUUAACUACCGACACCAACGCCAGUCACGACGAAAACAUCAUCCAACACAACUCUACUAACGACAACAGCAAGGCAACUACAUCAAUGAACUUCGACGCUGACAACAACAACAUCAGUGACAUCACGUUUGAUGACGUCAACUCAGUAAAUAUCCCAUCGUCGACGACAUUGAAAGGAUUUAACGAUGAAAGUCAAAUUGGAUGUGAUGAGGAGAAUGACCUAGAGGCUCUUUUCAAGCACAUCCCUGAACAUAAAAUGGAGCAGGUUUGA